UCAAAUCCAUACAUCCUUAAAAAUAUCAAAAGAGAAACAAGAAAUUGACAAUGGCAUUGCAGAGUAGAGAGGCAGUUUCUAUGCUUGAGGGUGAUGGGAUUUGCAUCAGCAGAAUUCUUGCUAGAGAGUCUUCAGUGGGGCAAUCUUCACGUGUGUUUUAUCGAUCCAACGAAGGCGUUCCGUUUCGAUGGGAAAUGCAGCCAGGAACAGCAAAGAAUCCACAGCAAGAGGAGCAAGCUAUUCCCCCAAUUUGCCCCCCACCACUCAUGCAGUGCUUAGGCCUCCCUCUCCCCAAUCUCGAUGAGCCAGAGCCACCGCGGCUGAAAACCUCCAUGAUUUGGAGGCUGAAAAAAAGAAUCAUAAAGAAGGUGCGUGGUAUAAGAAACAAAGAGCAAGAGAGCUCUAGGUUCUCUUCAACCUCUGAUGUUUCCAUGGUCGAUUCUCCCUUCUGCUGCAGCCCUUGGAACUUUCCAGCCAUCCUGGAAGAAGGGAACACCAGAAUAUACUACUGCAACCUACACAAGAAUGCAUUCGCCGUGGAAGAAGGCGAUUUUUUUAUGAGCAGAAUUCUCUCCCAAGUUUCCGCACCGGAGCAGUUUUCCGGCCCGCUGCACGGCGAGGAUAUGGCGGCGGGCGUGCCGUUCGGAUGGGAGAUGCAUCCAGGCACGCCCAAGGAGGUGGGGGAGGACGAGCUCAUCCCGCCACCCAGCCCUCCGCCAGCAGCACAAAGCCUGUCACUGCCGCGGCCUGUGCCAGCUGGCGGAGAUAUGAAGACGAAGAGCUCGGCUUGGAAGAAGGCUUGGUUCUGGAUAAGGCGGCGCGGUGGGAAGACGGAAACAUUGAAAAUGCAGCAUGAGAUCAGCUUUAGGUAUAAUGAGAAAUGGGGUGUUGGUGAGGAUCUUUCUUCUUCUUCCUCUUUUUCUUCUUCUCUUCGGAAAACCUCGUCAGUUUCGUCGGUUGGGCCGCUGUCGAGAAGCGGCGGUUGGAGGGUGUCCAAGAUUAGGAGGAAUUUGGUGGGGAGAUUCGGGCCUUGGAAACGAAGAGAGUUGCUUGUUUUUGCCAGGAGAAAGUGGAACUCCUUGCUGUCUUAAUGCUUGUUUGGUAGCUUAGAUACGACCAAAAUAUAUGACCAAAAUAUAUGAGUUAUGUGAGCUUAUUUAACUGUUUGGUAAAGUCCAUCUUAUUCUAAUUAUCUUGUGUUAUUUUAACA